CAGUGGAUCCCGCCCCACGCCUCCCUCUUUCUCUCUCUCUCUCCUGAAAACAAACCUUGUCUCUUCCCCUGUUUUCAUCUCUUUUCUUUUCUUUUCUUUUCUUUUUUCCUUUUCUAGCGAGAAACACCAGAUGUCCAGAGAGAGACACUCUCUCUGUAAGCUUCUCUGCCAUUAUAGAUGCCUAUAUCUACACACCCCAUAACGGAUCUUUCCCCGUUUCCUUUUUAACAGACCACUUUAUCUCCUUCUACCUUCUAUCUAAGUUCUUUUUCCGUUUCUGCAAUUUGAAAUGGUUUCCUGAUUGGGUAAGUUUUCUCUUGCUCAGAUUUUUUUAAAGUUCUUAUUCUUUUUGCUCUGAAAGCCAACCGGGUUUUUCUAGGGUUUGCAGUUGUCUUCUUCCUGGCCAACUCUAGAGACUUGUUUCAGAAACCAGAGCUCAGUUUGGUUUUGGGUUUUCUUUUUUUAUUUCCAAAUCUUCAACCUUUUAAAGUUGGUGAAAAAAAUGGGUUGUCUUUGUUUAGCUAUUUAAAAAGAAUUCUCUGAAGGAGAUUCUGAUGUGUUCUUCCUUUUUUUAGUAACUUUUUUAUCGGUUGGUUCCAAGCUUUUGGCUUUUUCUCAUUUCUUUUCCGUUUAUAAUAAUUCAACACCCACUAAUUUUGUAAGGGUUUAGGGUUUUGCAACUCUUCACUAUUCAAUCACUCCUCUUCCCAAUUUCCAGCAAAAAGUUGAAUUUUGAGCUUUUCUUCCAAUUGGGUGUCUGAAGUUUCUAUCCCCUGUGCUUCAACCACCAGUAUUAAACCCUAACCAUUCUGGAACUACCAUUUCUCUGUAAAAAGUGAAGCUUGAAUUCACUCUGAAUUUAGAUUUUCUGGUUGGUUCAAAUUUUCAAAUGGGUCUCCCUAAAAAUUCAAAUUCUCUCUGGGCUCUGUUUUCAUAGAUCUUGAAUUUUCUCUUUUGGAAAUUUUUAGGUCAAUCUGUUUCGUUGAUAUCUACCAAAUGUCUUCGUUUCUGAGCGGAGGCGGAAGAACCUACGGCUUCGAACUUGAAAUCGUCAAGUCUCCAUCAACAUCCACCAGAACUUCUCAAACCUCUUCAUCACCAUCUUCAACCCUCUCGGAAUCCAGCAAUUCUCCCCACGCAAUCUCAACCAGAAAACCUCGAACACCACGAAAACGACCAAACCAGACCUACAAUGAAGCCGCUGCCCUCCUCUCCACUGCCUACCCCAACAUCUUCUCUACCAAGCACCUCACCAAGAACUCACGCAAGUUCGCUAAACCCCAUGACUGCUCCUUCUUCGACGAAUCUUCUGAAAUUUUGUUGCCGUUUCGCACCAUUGACGAGUCUGCUUUCUUGCUGCAACCUUCUCCAAUCCAAGCCAAACCCUGUUCUUCAAUGGAGCCGAAGGUGGCAAGGUUCUGUGGGGAAGCUCACCGGAGUAACAGCAGCGGCGGAGAAAUGGAGAUUGAUUCCAAGGUGAAUAACUGUUCGGGUUUGUGCGAUGAGUACUACGAAGAUGAUUUCGAUGCUGAGUCGAUUAUUCUCGACGAGGAAAUCGAGGAGGGGAUCGAUAGCAUCAUGGGGAAUCUCUGCGUCGACAACGAUGCGGUCGAUGAAUUGAACAGCGGGAGUUCAUACCCUAUGGGGCAAAUCGGACAGUUCAAUUCUUGGUAUGGGAAUCCGAUGGGUAUUGGGUUUGGCGGGAAGUUCCAGUUCGGUUUCGGCCAUAGAAGAGGAAUCAGAGCUCUGAGGCAUGUCGAUGAAGGGAACUGGUGGAGCUUCCCCGUCGUCGAUGUGCUUCAAAUCUCCCCAAAAUUCAAUUCCGCCACAACCACCGGCAACAAGACGGCGACGACCACCGCCGCCACCAACAAUAUCACCACCAGAAAGAAAGGCAGCAGCCUCGCAGACAAGAACAAAAAACCGGUGGAAAAACCGGCGACGGUAUCGAAGAGACAGGAACAGGCUAAAGAGAACCCAAACCCGAAACCCAAUCCCGGGUUGUUAUUGAAAUUGAACUACGACGACGUUUUGAACGCUUGGUCGGGUCGUGGUUCGCCCUUUUCUGACGACAUUUCCGGCGCCGAUGUUGCCGGAAACGAUGUCUCUGCCAGGCUGGCGCAGAUCGAUUUGUUCUCCGAUGGUGGGUUGAGAGAAGCUAGCGUGUUACGCUACAAGGAGAAGCGACGUACGCGACUUUUCUCGAAGAAGAUCAGAUACCAGGUCAGAAAAGUCAACGCAGAUCGACGGCCUAGAAUGAAGGGACGAUUUGUGAGGAGGUCGAAUUCUAACACGAGUGGUCAAAGAUCAAACGGCUAGGAAUGCUUUCUUACAUUUUAGUAGUGGCCUUUUUAUUUUAUUUUUCUUUAUAUUUUAUUAUUAUUUUGUUUUUCUUUUCAGUCUUUUUGUGAGUUACCCUUUACACCAAAAGCAAAGAAGAAGAGACUUGUAGCGUAAAAGAUAAAAGAGAAUUAUGAAGCACAAGGCCAGAAAAGUUUUUGGA